AUGUCCUUCGAACCCGUACAACUUACGGAGGAUGACUGGAUCUUAGACGACGCUGGUGCUGUCUGGCUCUCAGACACCUUAAAAGAACAGCACGAACAUACAUUGCCUGUAUUAUACUUGGGGCAAUACUGUCGUUCUAGGCAUGUUGUCUCUGUGCCGAUACUGAAGCACGGCCCCAAUUACGAGGUCUACCUCGAAUCAGAAGUCUUUCGAUGUUUACGUCUCACACACCACCCCGCUAACAAAAGAAUAUUGCUGCCGUACGUGGUCAACAUAUUGUACUCCACGGAUCUCCAUCGGUUCGAGGCUCCUCCAGCCGUUAACAUGCAUGUCGCUGGAGACACUCGCCAGGCAACUAUUAUGGGUAGCGUAUUAGUAGACAUUGAACGUGUUGGAACGCGAACGGACAACUAUGCUAAUCACUCUGUGGAUGUCCAAGAUAUGUCCUUAUUAUUGCAUAUCGUGCGAAGGCAAACAUCGCCUAUGGUUAAGAGGUUGAACUUCAUAUUGCCGUUAUCUAAACGGCUCAGUACUUGUACCGAUUGUAUCAGGGACUUGCUGGACCUCGAGUUUUUGCCGCCUUCAACCAGCCAUGAUGUAAUAGGGUUUCUGAAUCAAAGUGUCAACGGUUUGGAAGAUUUAACGAACGAUGUCUUCGUGGAGUUGUGUUCGCGUCUUCGUGUACGCCAUACGUUUGGUAUACAUCGACUCGGCUAUAUAGCCACUUCUGUCGACAUAGUUUGCCUUUUAGAAUGUGACGACACUGUGGAUAUGUUCAAACCCGUCAUUUUCUAUGGUUCUCCUCACCGCGCCUUGAUCGAAUGCGACGGGCGCUUGUUGGCAGUAACGUCGGCGCCAGUCACAACCGAACAUUUACAACAUCGUGUGUCUUUGAUAACGUUCCUCUCCGAUUUUAUGUUAUCAAUAACUAUUUAUGUUUUGGACAAACCCGCACGUGACUUGCAACUGUUCGGCGUGAGUGAACCGCAUAGAGGGGCGGAGGGGAGCGAAGACAAUCAAUCCGGCGUUGCUGACGCUGACGCUAAAAAAUAUCUUUCGUCAAAUCACGCUAUCAGCCCUAUGUCCGAAUCGCGGAAACGAAGCGCUGAGAACAAAGAAAAAGCCGACAACAAGAAGGCUCGAUCAGACGGCAACGUUUCGAGCGACGCGCCCGCUCACCGCGUUGCUGACGCAAGCACCACGGCGCAGUCACAAGUCAAUUUAUCUUCUAGUGUAACGCCGGCGUCUACUUCUGUGACCAACCCACGCUCUCUCCAAGCACUGAUCAAUCCUGCUUCUCCUUCUCAUCUAAUCUACCAGCAACGCGACACCAUUGCCUUGGCUGUACCGGUUCCUCCCACUACGUUUGUUGAUGAGUCGGAGAUUGAGAGUUAUCCUUCCGAUAUUCAGAGGCGCAUCCGAUCACUAUCGGAGUACGCCAACGAAUCGAAGUCUUCUUACGCAUUCUCCAUGUUACCACGCAGUGCGUCGUGGGGUCACGCUGCGGGUGAAGAUCCCAAGGCGGAUAAACUAAUCUGUGCCCCUGGAACUGCGACGCCACUGAGUGUGUUAUUCGUUGGUCGAAUCACUUCGCUCAAAUUUGUGGAGGCUGGCGUCCCGGCAAGUCGCGCUCAACUGGCUAUCGUCCCGCCAUGCGCAACGUUGUCCGUUCAAGCGGCAAACGCCUUGUGUGGAUUGUCUAGUCCCAAGCUACAACCGUGGGCGGUUGUGCAUUUCAAUCGUUGGCAGACGCGUAAAUUAAAUGGGAUCGCAACAGAGGCUUCCUUGUUCAACCGUGUCUACGACGGACGCGCCGGGAUCAAAGGUAAACGCGAGAUGCACAAGAUCCCGGUUACAGCGUUGAAGAAAAAGGACCUCAUACUCGUAGAAAGCAAGAUCAGCAAGUGGGGCCGCGUCAUCAACAAUGAAUGUCAAUGGCGCGCGCAGUAUGUCUUGUGUGCCAUAAUUGUGCUUUUCCAGAGCGACGGUCCACCUGCCGGUGCAGAGUCCGACAGCGAAGAAGAGGUCGAUGUUUGCGAUGGUCUCGAUGUCUGA